GAUUUUUCUACUUCCACCGCUCCCUGAUCUCCCUGUCACAGGCAUACCAGGAAGUGCACUUUUAUUGCUAGUCGCCGCCCGGCUUCUUCGGCUACCGAACAUGGCGGCGAGUCAACAGUGGGUCUUGGUGGAAAUGGUGCAGGCUUUCUAUGAGGCUCCUGCGUACCAUCUGAUCUUGGAAGGUAUCCUCAUAUUAUGGAUCAUUAGACUCAUUUUCUCCAAGACGUAUAAGCUGCAGGAACGUUCAGAUUUAACGGAAAAGGAAAAGGAAGAACUGAUUGAUGAGUGGCAUCCAGAACCUCUUGUUCCAGUUAUUCCCAAAGACCACCCAGCACUUAACUAUAAUAUUGUUUCAGGCCCUCCAAGCCACACUAUUGUGGUGAAUGGUAAAGAAUGUGUCAACUUUGCUUCCUUUAAUUUCCUUGGUCUAUUGGAUAAUGAGAGAGUAAAGAAUGCAGCUCUCACCUCAUUAAGGAAGUAUGGUGUUGGGACCUGUGGGCCUAGAGGGUUUUAUGGAACAUUUGAUGUACACCUGGAACUGGAAGAAAGGCUGGCAAAGUUUAUGAUGACGGAAGAGGCAAUUAUUUAUUCCUAUGGUUUUGCCACCGUUGCCAGUGCCAUCCCGGCAUAUUCCAAAAGAGGAGAUAUCGUCUUUGUGGAUGAAGCAGCCUGCUUUGCUAUUCAGAAAGGAUUGCAGGCGUCUCGAAGUAGCAUCAAGUACUUUCGACAUAAUGACAUGGAUGAUUUAGAGAGGCUGUUAAAGGAGCAGGAGCUAGAAGACCAAAAGAAUCCACGUAAAGCACGUGUGACCAGAAAGUUUAUUGUUGCAGAAGGAUUAUAUAUGAACACCGGGGAUAUUUGCCCUCUUCCAGAACUGGUGCAGUUAAAAUAUAAAUACAAAGUAAGAAUAUUUCUGGAAGAAAGCCUUUCAUUUGGAGUUUUGGGAGAACAUGGACGGGGAGUAACAGAGCAUUUUGGCAUUAAUAUUGAUGACAUUGACCUUAUUAGUGCCAAUAUGGAGAAUUCACUAGCUUCUAUUGGUGGCUUUUGCUGUGGACGGUCAUUUGUAAUUGAUCACCAGAGAUUGUCAGGACAAGGUUACUGCUUUUCAGCUUCUUUGCCUCCUAUGUUAGCAUCUGCUGCAAUUGAAGGUCUUAACAUCAUGGAAGAAAACCCAGCAUAAGGGUGGUAGUGACAGUGGAGCAAACUAAUGAAGAAUUGGAUACAGCUGCAUCUGUGAUUAAGCAAGCUGCCUCACUGAUACUGAAUUAAGCUUAUUUUUGGAGACAAUGUGUUUCUAAUAAAUUCAGAAUUGAGUACUCCUUUCAAAAUGAGAAUCUGAAUUCCUCACACCAUAGGAUCUCUUACUUGAGGACAUGACACUGCUACUAAACCUGCUGACAAAAUCCAUUCCGGACUUAGAAAGGAGAAGUAUACACACAGACCUGGCUGAAAAUCUAGCAAAAAAAAUACUAUUUGGAUAUUUUUGGGGGGGCAAGGGGUUUAAACAGAUAAACACUUACUCUGAUACUUUUCUAUUCUUAGGGUCUUUCUGUUUAUAUCCAAAUACAAAUUUAAAUUAUUUUCUUCCAUAUUCAUAUUCUCUAAUUUCCAAAGAAUGAGACAUUCACUCUAUGUAAAUGAAAUGUGAUUUUUGUAUAUAAAUGCACACUGUAUGUUUGCUAGUUUAUCAUUUGAAUCUUUGUCUUUUUAAUGCCCUUAAGCUUAACAAAAUUACUAAGAUUUUUUUCAUAGAUGUUGUGUAAUCUAGUUAUUAUAAUUUACUGGAUAGUACCAUUCCAACUAAUGUAGAUUUUAUAAGUUAUACUAAUACAUUGUUUACUGUAUCUUAGGCUUGUACAAUAACCAUUUAUAUAAUGUAACUUGCAUAAUUUUGUAUACAUUCAUUUUAUUUUUUUAAUUGCUCCUUGUAUCCAUUUCUCACUGUGAAAACCCUAUAUAUAUAUAUACACACACACAUAUAUAUACUGUAUACACAUUAGGUGGCCGAUGGCUUUAACUCGUCAAAGUGCAAUUUCACAUAAAGUGUUUGCUAUGUUCCUCUUUAUUUAUAGACGGUAUAUUAAUACUUAAAACUAAUUGUUUUUAAGAAAAAUAGUGCAGGACCUACACCACUUCCUUAGGCUAUGAACAAGUAAAUCAAGCCUGAAUUUUAUUUAUAAUAAAAAAACUGCUCUGUGUUAGAACCGGGGUGUAACAAAAACAUUAAACAGUCUUUUCUAUCGUGCAUAUUUAAAGAGUAGCAAUUUAAUGUUUACAUUUUUUACUUUGAAAAAAAUUUAAAUAAUUUAAAUUGAUAUUAGAAUUGACUAGUAGUGCAUGUUUGUGCACAAUUGAUCGUCAGGGAUCAGUUAGCCAUUGGCUGACAGACAACUCCACAAACUUUGGUGGAUAGCUAUGUCUCAAAAUGCCAAAAAAAAAUUAUUUAUCAAAAACAUGAAUAGUUUUUAAAAAAAUCAAAACAAAAUACAUUUUAAUAUACUAUCUUAAUGUCUGAGCUGUAAUACAAUAAUAAAAUGCUCUGUUAGAAUAUUUUUUUAUUGCAUAAAUGCUUUCUUGAAACUUUCUGUUUUAAAGGGGUUAAACAUGUUAAAUUCUGAUCUAGUGCCACGUUGCAUUGCCACUAAUAAGUAGUGUAGUCCUUUAAGCCAAUCAGUUAGUGCCUAUGUACAUGGCAGCUAAUCAGUGGUCAUGUUCUGUUUAAGAUUAACUCCGCAAUGGGAGACUUAACACAUUAAUACCCAAAAGUAUUUGCAAUAAUAAAAGUUUCUAAAGCAGUAGAGCAUUUUUUAUUACUGCACGAGUAUGUCUAUAAGCUAUGUAAGAUAUGCCUACUAGAAAACAGCCAGGAAUUAAACUUGAAGCCUGUAGUUACAUAAAUCAAAGUAUUGAUUAUCUUACAUUUUGCAUGAAAAGGUUUUGCUGAGGAAUGACACAAAACUCAACUUUGUUUUUUGAUACCCAUGAAAUCUGCAUCUAAAUGCAUGACUGAGGUAGAAUUAGUACUCUGUUAUUGUGAAGUGGCAGCUACAUGUCAACAGCAUUGUCGACCAUCAAUAAUUCUUUAGUAUUUCAUGUUUUAUUCAGUAUACAUUGCUGGCUUGCAAUCCCUAGGAACAUAAACUGUAUAAUUGUAGCUUAUAAUUUAGACAUAUAAUAAAUGUCAAAAUUGUAUUUGAAUAUGUCCUUUUUGUACAGUUCUUAAAAUUUAUUUUAAAACAGAGUGCCUUUUUGUUGCUGCUAACAAAGCAACUGAGCUUUAUUUUGGACAAAAAUUUGUUUUAAAUAAAUUACAAUUAAUUUUCUUUGA